AUGGAGGUGAUCAUCGGGUAUGGGGGAGAAGUUGAUAGUUCAACAUUCCCUCGCCUACAUAGCAUACAUCUAGAGGACAUGCCAAAGCUGAGGUGCUUCUGUGAGGGUGAAGUAUUGCUUAAGCUACGAUCAUUGCUUGCGAUCCAUGUGAUUCGUUGUUCCAGUGUGAAGAGGCAUCUUUUGGGGCCGAGCAGUGCACUGUCACUUCAGUUCAUGACUGGAGAACCGAUUCUUCCCUCCAAUCUGCCACUAAAGAUGGGAAUAAGGCCACGAAUGGAGAUUAUAGGGUGCCAGACAAUGGAGAAGAUAGUCCCAGAUGAGUAUGAAAAUCUGCCCUCCUCAAUGAAAGCUGUACGACCUUCCCCAUUUGAAAAUAUACAGCUUCUGCAUAUGCAGCAUUGCCAUGGCUUUAAGAAUCUCUUAUCAUGGAGGCUAGCUCGAGCGUUUGAGCAGCUGAAAGAGCUCAAAGUCCAAGGCUGCAAUGAAAUGGAGGUGAUCAUCGGGUAUGGGGGAGAAGUUGAUAGUUCAACAUUCCCUCGCCUACAUAGCAUACAUCUAGAGGACAUGCCAAAGCUGAGGUGCUUCUGUGAGGGUGAAAUAUUGCUUGAGUUGCAAUCAUUGCUUACGAUCCGUGUGAUUAGUUGUUCCAGUGUGAAGAGGCAUCUUUUGGGGCCGAGCAGUGCACUGUCACUUCAGCACAUGAAUGGAGAAUCAAUUCUUCCCUCAAAUCUGCCACUAGAGAUGGGAAUAGAGCCACGAAUGGAGAUUAUAGGUUGCCAGACAAUGGAGAAGAUAGUCCCAGAUGAGUAUGAAAAUCUGCCCUCCUCAAUGAAAGCUGUACGACCUUCCCUAUUUGAAAAUCUACAGUUUUUGAAUAUGCAGCAUUGCCAUGGCUUUAAGAAUCUCUUAUCAUGGAGGCUAGCUCGAGUGCUUGAGCAGCUGAAAGAGCUCAAAGUCCAAGGCUGCAAUGAAAUGGAGGUGAUCAUCGGGUAUGGGGGAGAAGUUGAUAGUUCAACGUUCCCUUGCCUACUUAGCAUACAUCUAGAGGACAUGCCAAAGCUGAGGUGCUUUUGUGAGGGUGAAGUUUUGCUUGAGUUGCGAUCAUUGCUUACGAUCCGUGUGAUUUGUUGUUCCAGUGUGAAGAGGCUUCUUUUGGGGUCGAGCAGUGCACUGCCACUUCAGUACAUGACUAGAGAAUCGAUUCUUCCCUCCAAUCUGCCACUAAAGAUGGGAAUAGGGCCACGAAUGGAGAUUAUAGGUUGCCAGACAAUGGAGAAGAUAGUCCCAGAUGAGUAUGAAAAUCUGCCCUCCCCAAUGAAAGCUGUACGACCUUCCCUAUUUGAAAAUCUACAGCUUCUGCAUAUGCAGCAUUGCCAUGGCUUUAAGAAUCUCUUAUCAUGGAGGCUAGCUCGAGCGUUUGAGCAGCUGAAAGAGCUCAAAGUCCAAGGCUGCAAUGAAAUGGAGGUGAUCAUCGGGUAUGGGGGAGAAGUUGAUAGUUCAACAUUCCCUCGCCUACAUAGCAUACAUUUAGAGGACAUGCCAAAGCUGAGGUGCUUCUGUGAGGGUGAAGUAUUGCUUGAGUUGCGAUCAUUGCUAACAAUCCGUGUGAUUCGUUGUUCCAGUGUGAAGAGGCAUCUUUUGGGGCCGAGCAGUGCACUGUCACUUCAGUUCAUGACUGGAGAAUUGAUUCUUCCCUCCAAUCUGCCACUAAAGAUGGGAAUAGGGCCACGAAUGGAGAUUAUAGGUUGCCAGACAAUGGAAAAGAUAGUCCCAGAUGAGUAUGAAAAUCUGUCCUCCCCAAUGAAAGUUGUACGACCUUCCCUAUUUGAAAAUCUACAGUUUCUGAAUAUGCAGCAUUGCCAUGGCUUCAAGAAUCUCUUAUCAUGGAGGCUAGCUCGAGCGCUUGAGCAGCUGAAAAAGCUCAAAGUCCAAGGCUGCAAUGAAAUGGAGGUGAUCAUCGGGUAUGGGGGAGAAGUUGAUAGUUCAACAUUCCCUCGCCUACUUAGCAUACAUCUAGAGGACAUGCCAAAGCUGAGGUGCUUCUGUGAGGGUGAAGUAUUGCUUAAGCUACGAUCAUUGCUUGCGAUCCGUGUGAUUCGUUGUUCCAGUGUGAAGAGGCAUCUUUUGGGGCCGAGUAGUGCACUGUCACUUCAGUUCAUGACUGGAGAAUCGAUUCUUCCCUCCAAUCUGCCACUAAAGAUGGGAAUACGGCCACGAAUGGAGAUUAUAGGUUGCCAGACAAUGGAGAAGAUAGUCCCAGAUGAGUAUGAAAAUCUGCCCUCCCCAAUGAAAGCUGUACGACCUUCCCUAUUUGAAAAUCUACAGCUUCUGCAUAUGCAGCAUUGCCAUGGCUUCAAGAAUCUCUUAUCAUGGAGGCUAGCUCGAGCGCUUGAGCAAUUGAAAGAGCUCAAAGUCCAAGGCUGCAAUGAAAUGGAGGUGAUCAUCGGGUAUGGGGGAGAAGUUUAUAGUUCAACAUUCCCUCGCCUACAUAGCAUACAUCUAGAGGACAUGCCAAAGUUGAGGUGCUUCUAUGAGGGUGAAGUAUUGCUUGAGUUGCGAUCAUUGCUUACGAUCCGUGUGAUUCGUUGUUCUAGUGUGAAGAGGCAUCUUUUGGGGCCGAGCAGUGCACUGUCACUUCAGUACAUGACUGGAGAAUCGAUUCUUUCCUCUAAUCUGCCACUGCAUAUGAGAAUACAGCCACGAAUGGAGAUUAUAAGUUGUCAGACAAUGGAGAAGAUAGUCCCAGAUGAGUAUGAAAAUCUGCCCUCCCCAGUGAAAGCUCUACGACCUUUCCUAUUUAAAAAUCUACAAUUUCUGAAUGUGCGGCAUUGCCAUGGCUUCAAGAAUCUCUUAUCAUGGAGGCUAGCUCAGGCGCUCGAGCAGCUGAAGGAGCUCAAAUUGGAAGGCUGCAAUGAAAUGGAGGUGAUCAUUGGGUAUGGUGGAGAAGUAGAUUGUUCAACAUUCCCUUUCCUACGGAGCAUAUAUCUUGAAGACAUGCCAAAGCUAAGGAGCUUUUGUGAGGGUGAAGUUUUGCUUGUGUUCCGUUCGUUGCUUCGGAUCGACGUGCAUCAGUGUUCCAGUCUAAAGAGGCUUGCUUUGGGGAGGAACAGCGCAUCCUCGCUUCAGAGCAUGAGAGGAGUGACUGAAUGGUUCGAGGCUUUGGAAUGGGCAGAUGAAGUUGACAAAUCACGCUUCCACAAUGCAUUUAUCAGUAGGUCACGUGAUGAGCUGUGGAAUGUUUUCAUUAUAGCCGUUAAAGCAGUGGGGAUCUUUAAUAGAAGCUACAGAAGCGAAGAUGCUACAUCAGCAAAUAAGGCCCACAGCUUCAAUCAAGGCCUGCACCCGCAGACUUUCCCACCAAAACCAAACUCGCCAUGCAUCUCACCCUCUGCCAUUCGAAGAUGUGCAGAGAUAAGCUACAGAUUAGGGGAGCUCUUCAGAAACAAGAAUACACCGAGACAGCAGAGAACGGACUUCUUCGCAUGA